GCCUCGUCGAUUGAUUUUCCCUCUUUGCCCAACACUCUAAGCCUAACGUCAACAUUACUUACCUUAUUAAACCACCUAACGUGAGACAGAGAUCGCAGACAUCUAUGAUCGAAAGCAGUCAACUUUUUCAGAGACAUCACCUAACAUGCUAGCAUUCGGAAGUUCUCAAAUAAAACGUCAUAGUCUCUCUAGCUCUGGCAGUUUGUUACCAUCACCACCUGUGGUGUAUAUUCAUCAUUCUGAAUCUUUAAAUCGUACUCCACCAACUGAUCAGGGUAACGAUAUGCAUCAUUUUCGUGUUGUGUCAAGUGACAAACAAAGAACAUCAUUUGCAGAUUUAAAUAAUACAUCUGCUGAUGUUCAACGUUCCAGAUUACCGAAACUUAAACACGUCAAUAUGUGAAAGCUGGUAUUUGCAGGAUUUACUGCUGCUAUUGUACUUACUGUUUCAUAAAUAUAGAUCGAUCUUCAUGAAUUUUUCUUAUUUGGAAAAAAAUCAAUCACUCCAGUGAGAGAAAUUCUCUCUCAUAAAUUUACCGUUACUAAUUAAAGAAUGACACUAGUUAACUAAUUUUUGUCUCAUUAUUGCAUUACCCGCUUUGAAUUCAGUCUGGCAUUUGAUAGUCAUGUGGUACAUUGUCAUACUACUAGAAAAGUGUUUAUUAUAUCAAAUAAAUGUAAUUAGUGAUUAUCGACUGCUCCAUAGGUUCCUACAACUUAUUUACUGAGGUGGGCUGUAAGAAAACUCAAGUGAAAGACACCACCCAUACACGCGUAUACCUUACAGGCAUCAAAUGUUCUAAUUGAACCGGUGGAGUAAGGUGCAAUAUCGACUUACCUAAGCCUUUGCAGUGUUAACUGACAAAAAAUAAAGGCUGAUGGGUGCUAUCACUACAAGGACAUGUUAUAGUGAAUCAUUC